CAUCUGGACAACACCUCCCUGCAACAUCUUUCCUCUUCCAUAUCAUGGCUCCUUCGACAUUCGCAUCCUUGAGCGGUGCUCUUUUCGGCAUGAUUCAGCUCUCCAACUCCCUCAUCAUCACACAGACUGUCCAUCGAUCCUUCUGCCCUGCAACAACUACCGCUUCUCUGCCAAGCUGCGGCUGGAUCUCCGCCAGCGGCUCAACAAGCAUACCGUAUUGCUUUUCGACUUCAUCAUCACAAAUCUCGAUCGCAUCUUCGACAAGGACAGCGCCAGUCAUCUCGAUCACAGUCACACCACUGCCAUCGACCCUCAACACCAAUAUCCUCACAACGACGAUAGUGUCGAGUGUCACAGCCACAGCCACCGCUACCACUCUGAGCACAGUCUAUUUUCCUCCAGGAUAUAAUUCAGCAUCGAGCUCGUCAAGUACUGCUUCCACAACCACGACUGUAACUUCCAUUGGAGAUGGGAGCGCUCCAGUCUAUGGUGGAGCAUCGACGACCACGACCAGCAUCACCUCUACCGCAACACCUCCAGGGUAUCAAGGAGCAUCAAGCUCAUCCAUCACAACCUCCACACUCACCACUUCCACCACCAACAUCGGCGCUCCCGGCUACGGCGACCUCGUGACAACGACUACAACAACAACCACCUCCACCUCCACCAGUCCCACCAACGCCCUCAUAACUCCCAGCAUAGUCCCCACCAGCCUCCCCACCUACUGCUACCAAGACGGCGCCCUCCUCAACGCCGGAGUCAACAUCACCAUCACCGACAACGCCGGCCAAGCCUACGUUCUCCUCUGUCUCAAUUCCGGCCUCGACCUCCUCGGCGUCGGCUUAUCCGGCAUCGCCCUCGCCACCGUUUCCGCACCCAAUUCUGCUGAUGACUGUUUGGCUGUCUGUGACGCCGAAGACGAGUGUACGGGCUUUGCGUUUCAGAGUAUUGCCGGCUGGGGAAUUGGACCGGGAACGUGUUUUUUGUAUUCUGGAAUUGGAUUGUCGUUUACGAAUUCUGAGUUGCUGAAUUUGAUUGCUUUUAUUAAGUUGGAUGCGUUGACUGGGUUGCCGUUGAGGAGGAGGGGGAGGAGGGAGAGCGCGAGGCGAGGGGUGAUGAUGGUGGAUGGUGGGUGGUGAGGAGGAUGAGUCAA